AUAGGCCUGUUUUUUACCAGGUGCUCUGUUGCAUUAGUUAUGACUGUCAUAGUGCAUUAUGUGACUACCCCGAGAAGGUGCGAGCUGCGUACGUGAAAAGUGACAUUAAUGGCAGACUCGCUUGGCGCCCUUUGUUAACGGAAUCAGCCAUCACAUGUAGCUGCACGACUUCACGCAGGACCGUCAUCUGUUUGGCGAGUAUAUUGUGCGAUUCAGCUCUCCGUUUGGCAACUACGACGAAGAUACUCCCUGUGAUAAUAUAUUUGAUGGUGCUGGGAACUCUGAAACGCUGCAGUACCGACGUUGGCAAGUGGACUGGAAAUUUUGAAGACAGUCAAAAGACUGUGAAACCACUGUUCCUCAAACGCUUGGCAGCGGCUGAAAUUGAAGCAGAGCACGUGAGCGGUAUGCUGGGAGUUGAGCAGGAGGAAGGAAUUUUUGGGGAGUCGGAAACAGUGGUUCGAGUGGUGCAGACGCUGACCAAGAGAGUUGGAAGCUGCUGGGCACUUCUGGCUGCUAUCGGCAGUCUGCUGUUAUGGAGGAGAGCUGCUGGCGAAACGUCAGAAAAAUCAUCAGACGAAUGUCAGCCGAAGAACCCAGGACAGAAGCCAACAGGCAGUUUGUCAUGGCUACGAAAGCCUUAAGAAUUUUGUAACUGUAUGUUUCAUUGUCCACGUUGGUUUAAUACUUACUGUGCGGCUGGUCCUGGCGGAGGUUUGAGUCCUCCCUCGGGCAUGGGUGUGUGUGUUUG